AUGUGCUUGGCUUUCUGCAUCCGCAAGACGUUCGCGAACAGCUUGUUGUUGGCCAAAGGGGGAAUUCUCGGAAACCUGUGGAACAUCGGCAACGCAUGGGCAUCGGGAUCAGAGCAGGCGAUUGCAACGGAACAUCAUCUGAGCAGCAAAGUCGCAGAGAAUAACUGGGAUGAUGAGAGCGAGUAUCAGGAAGAUCAAAUCGAUGAGGUGACUGGCUUGGUUGGGGCGCACUGCUACACAGUCUUGGCAGCCAUCGAGGUUGCUGCUGACAGUGGGAAAAGCUGGUUCCGCAAAGAGCGCUGGGUUCGAUUGAGGAAUCCUUGGGGGACUGGUCGAUGGAAGGGUCCCACGCCCAAAUCUAGCAUGCUGCCCUUCAGCGCGGCAGUUUUCGACUGUGUAGGGGAGAAGGUUCGGCGAGGAAGUGGCCAAAGUGACAAUAAGGAGGCACAGGAUGGCUUGCAGGGGCCAAUGGCAGAAACGGAUCCAGGAACCUUUUGGAUGCAGCUGGCUGACUUCGCCGACGAGUUUGCCACUGUGUGUGUCUCCGAGUAUCGUCCUGGAUACAUUUCCAGCGUGUUUCCUUUGAAGCCCAAGCAGAUGUUGAACGGAGCACCAACACAGGUUUGUGCUACUUUGCAGCUGCUGGCAGAUGCCGAGCGCACGCACUUGGGCGACUUGAAGCCCAUACAUGUCGUGGUUUCUGUGCUGCAAGACUCUGAUGAGCCCUUCAGCCGGCCUAAGCAAAGGAAGUUUUCAUCCGCUCGCAUCGAGGUGCUUGAGUCGGGACGAAGCCAAGGGAGCCGACACGUCGCCUCAUCAAGUUUCGGUUUGCAGCGUGAGGUUCUAUUGCCAGUGGAGCUGAAAGCAGGUGCUCAGUACUUGGUCAUCGUCCAUUGGUUGCAGGCAUCGCCAGUGAGGAGUUGGAAUCGUGAGGCUACAUUGCGAGUCUACGCGCCGUGUCCUGCAAGGCUUGGGCCCGGGCCGAUGGAAAUGGAAGCCCAGCGAGAGGCUUACGAGGCAGCAGCCAUGGGACCGCGAGGCUCUUGCCUGAAGGAAACACAAGGUGCCCAACUUCGCUGCUGGAGUGACCGCGAAUCUGGGACCAUUGCCCUUUGCUUUGAUGCCUCCGAUGCGCCAGCUGGGCUACUGGCCUCGCUGACGUGGACUCUGCAGAAUUCAGUGCUUCAGCCGCGCUUUCCCGGCUGGGAGGGCAGCGUGACAGCAGCCGGUGAAGAGCAGCACGUGCAGGUUGUGGACUUGAAGCCCGGACAGCGUCAGCUCACGGUCGUAUCAUGGCUGGAUCCCUCCAAAGCCUUUUCGGCCACUUACUCUUGGCAAGCAACUGCAGAUCCAUGUUCGCAGUGCAAUGCUCCCGUUGGGACCAACGUGCCGGGCCGCUUCUCUGGUGCCUAUAGGGUGUUGGGCCCGAGUGAUCUUGGGGGGCCAGCGACUCUUCACGAGGAGUGCUUCGAAAAGUUUAUGCUGCGAGUUGCCCCACGCUGCCUGCAAUGCUCUGAAGCCAUAGUGCAAGUGCAGGGCCGAUUUGCAGGCCAAUACUUCGCGUAUUCCGCGAACCAGCUUGGAAGUCAUCCAGCAGGUCAGGUGCACGCGGAGUGCAACGAUGCAUUUCGGAGCAAGUUUGCUAAGACAUGUUUGCACUGUCGCGAGCAAGCGUCUCAGCACUAUCAGGGUUACCGCAGCACGGACAAAUUUGUGUUCCCGGUUGGCACCGUGUCCUUCGCAACAUGUGCUGACAGGCCAGUGAUGCAACUAGCCGGGAAGUUCAGCGGGAAGCACUUCAACUACAAGGCGGGCUGGGCAGCUAGGAGCAUCCUGAAGCAGCUUCUCACCUGCAUGGGCGUCCACCCAGAGAGGGAAUCAAAAUACAAAUCAAACAGCAUCGUCACGAAUCCGAGUACCUAA